CUAUAAUGCUGGCAAGCAAAGAAGUGGAGAAAUGAUAGGAAAAGGCAAUUGAUGGCAUGCUAACGCCACUGCAGUCUAGAUCUCACCUUUGUAGCUAUCUCUAAUGUUGUGCGGGGCCCAAUGCAUGCGCAAAUAGUAAAGACACUCUCCUUGUCUUUAGUGUACAGUUAUUGUGAAACUGCACUUGUCCCCACACACUCAUGAGUUAUGACAUUAACAAGCUUGCAUUCAUGGCUUCUUCUCUCUUCAGUAGUCACCCACUAUUACCCUCCUCUGAAUUCCAAGUCACUUACUUUUCAUCACUAACACUUGCUUUUCACUUCAUUUAGUCUCUUUUGGGCUUCUUGCUGCCUUUUUUUUUUAAAUUUUAUUUCAGUGGAGGAAUGAGUGAAGGGGUGUCUCUCAAGGUGAAGCUGAGUCUGAGUAUGGUUUUUGUGGAGGUGUUUCUUUUGAUUUUGAGAGAAUCAUUCUUUAACAGACAUUAUGAUCAGGGGAGAGGUCUGAAUGAAUGUCACUGCAGCCCAUUCAAUAAUCAUGGAGGCUCAUUGUCAACUGACAGAAGAGUGGAUGGUUUUUUGCCUGAGAUCUCUCCAAAUUCAGCUCCUCAGCCCCUUCUUCCUCUUCUUGCACCUUCUCCUUUCGCACCUUUCACAAACAUUACGAUCCCAAAGUUAUCAGGAAAAUGCACGUUGAAUUUCACUGCUGCUCAAAGUUUGAUGAGAACGACAUCAACUGAUUGUUGGUCUAUUUUUGCGCCAUUGCUGGCUAAUGUUAUAUGCUGUCCCCAGUUAGAAGCCACCCUUGCAAUUCUUAUGGGCCAAUCCAGUAAAGAUACCAGAACUCUUGCUUUAAAUGAGACUGUUUCGAAGUAUUGCCUUUCAGAUAUCGAGCAAAUUUUGGCUGGUCAGGGUGCAGAAAGUAAUGUGAAUAAGAUAUGCUCAAUUCAUCUAUCAAAUCUCACUGGAGGGUCUUGCCCUGUUAAGGAGGUCAAUGAAUUUGAGGGAACUGUGGAUUCUUCUAAGCUUCUUGCUGCCUGCGAGAAUAUUGAUCCUGUUAAAGAAUGUUGUGAUCAAGUUUGUCAAAAUUCCAUAUUAGAAACUGCUACAAAACUUGCACUGAAAGCUUCUGAAGUAUUGAUCAUAGCUGGGUCCCAUGGUUUAACUGAGCACUCAACAAAGGUUGAUGAUUGUAAACAUAUUGUACUUCGAUGGCUGGCUGGUAAACUUGAGCCUUCCCGUGCAAAGGAGGUUCUCAGAGGACUAUCUAAUUGCAAAGUUAAUAAAGUUUGCCCUCUGGUUUUCCCUGACAUGAGACAUGUUGCAAAGGGCUGUGGGAAUGAGAUUAGUAACGAGACAGAAUGCUGUAGUGCCAUGGAGAGCUAUGUGUCUCACUUGCAGAAGCAGAGUCUUAUAACUAACUUGCAAGCUCUGGAUUGUGCUACAACUCUAGGAAUGAAGUUACAGAGGUCUAAUAUCACAAAAGAUGUUUAUAGCCUUUGUCACAUAACCCUUAAGGAUUUCUCCCUUCAAGUUGCAAAACAAGAGUCUGGAUGCCUUCUACCAAGCUUGCCGUCGGAUGCAACAUUUGGCCAUUCCUCGGGGAUCAGCUUCAUCUGUGAUUUGAAUGACAAUAUUCCUGCUCCAUGGCCGUCAAAGUCUCAGUUAUCAGCACCGUGCAAUAAAACCAUCAAAAUCCCAGCACUUCCUGCUGCUGCAAAUGCUCAAAGUGGUCUUUACAAUGAAGAUGCGAUAUUUUAUGUGCUGUUUGCUGCCUCAGCUGUUACCAUGAUGCUCUUGUAGUCUUUUGUUUGAGCCAUUCCUGCUUCCUCUCGGCAUCAAGAAUGCUAGCUUGCAUGAUACAAAUUUUUUAUUUGUUACUUGUGAAAUGAGGGUGAUCAUAUAGAAGUUAGAUAGAAAGAGGUCUCGCAUGCCUGACUCUUGUCCAAACCAAGUGCACCUGGGAGAGUCUCAAUCUGUUAUGAAUCAAUCAAGCUUGCUUUUCUGAUUGUACUAAUUCGUGAUUCUUGCACGCUUCGUGUAAUGAUAUUUUUUUGUAAAGAAAUGCUAGGAAAAAGUCAGAGAGAUAAUAUUGUAUGUAGCAAAAUCAAUAUAAGAUGUUGUAUGUACCCCUAUUUGAUUGUACUUUACCAUGUAAAAGAAUUGGAUUGCUGAUCAAUUUGAGCAUACCUUGAACCAUUUAUUACGUUCUUAAAUAGGAGAACCA